GGAAGGCAGGUGGUAAUAUAUGGACGGGGGUAGGGAGAAUUGGGAUAGAAAACGAAGUACACCUCUUACCCCCAAUUCCCAAAUUAACAAUAGAUCAAUCCCAAUAUGCGUUUCAAUGUUUGAACUUUAAAGGCCUCCUGCGACACCCAGGCCCUAACCCUAGCUCCACUCAUCUUCCCCAUCAACGAAUCUCUAUCGCGGUGCCGCUCAUCAUCCAGAGAAAUAUUGGUACUGUCAGAUUCUUGCCUUAAUGGAUUCAAGCUUGAAGUCUCCACCCCGAGAUAAGGCUGAUGCAAAGACAGCAUUUCGUAAACCUACAAAUGAUGCAACUAACAGGAAAUACCGACGCCGCUCUCCAACUAGUGGAUCAUCUUCAUCUGGUGGGAGUCCUAUACAUGAGCAUAACUCUAGUCCAAUAUUUUCAAAGGAAGAUUCUGAAAAAGUUUCUGAUCGCCGACAAAGAAGGAAGGGUGAUGGGAGAGAAUUAGACAGGGAUGCUGGUCGGAGUCAAUAUCGCAAAACUGCUGAUUCAUAUCGACAUUCUGAUCGACAGUCCUCCAGGAGUUCCCGUGGUCAUUAUAGGUAUGAUGACCAUGUUAGACAAGAGAAACAUGCAGCAGAUGAAGGGGAUAGAGAUCAUCAUAAUUUAUCCUCUCGUUCUGGUCGAGAAUCAAGGGUUGGUAAUUAUUCUGAUCAUGUAAGGCAAGAAAGUGAACACAGUAGGACAAGAGACUAUUUCAGAGGCACGGACAAGUAUUCCCGAGAUAAACAUGAUAAUGCAGGGUAUAGGAGCAAGGAUAAAGAGAAAGAAACCUCAUCUCUAGAGCAUCAGAAAUAUAAAGAUAAAGAUUUAUCAUCUGAUAGAGCUGGAUCUGGUAGGAGGCAUACUAACUCAAAUUUUGAAGAUAGUAAGGCUGGGGAGCAGGAUAAGCAUUUGAGGGAUGGAGAUGGUCCAGAUGAGAGAAAGGACUAUCGCAGGGGUUUAGGAGAUUACAAAAGUGACCGUUCAAUCUCCCAUGAAGAAUCUAGGGGGCAUCGAAAUGACUCAACUUCAGGAAGGGACAGUGGUGGAUAUCGCUCAAAAGAAGUUCAUAAAAAUGAACCUAAGGAAGUGGAUGGUCAAAAACAGCCCAAAGAUGAAAAGAAGAAAUAUGAUGAAUGGAAAACUGACAGGCACAAGGACAGAUACAACCGAGAAUCUAGGGAGCAGUUUGAAGAUAAAACUGUUGUUGCAAGUGAAAAUCAAGAGUCUGCAGCCAAAAAGCCAAAGCUGGUUAGCUUGGAAAAGAGCACUGAUUAUGGGAAGGAUGUUUCCAGGUUCUCCACUGCUGUUGCUGAUAUGAAGCAGUCAUCAAGUUCCAAGCUGGCUCAAGACAUUGCUGAUAAAGUGACACCAGAACAUGCCUUUCUUAAUAACUCUGAGGUUGCUAAUGAUCUAAAUGCUGCAAAAAUUGCUGCAAUGAAAGCUGCUGAAUUAGUUAAUAGGAACCUUGUUGGGGUGGGUUACAUGUCUGCUGACCAGAAGAAGAAGCUGCUAUGGGGGAGUAAGAAGAGCACUACUGCAGAAGAGUCUGGUCAUCAUUGGGAUACAGCACUUUUUUCUGAUCGUGAAAGACAAGAAAAAUUCAACAAACUCAUGAGUCUGAGGUUGCCUUGGUACAUAUGGCCAAUUGUAGGGUGUGAAAGGCGAGGUGAAAGUGGAGCACAAACCCGACAACCAAGAUGCCGAGAAGCAGAGGGAAUUGCAGAUAGAUUUAGAGAAGCAAUACACUGCUGGUCUUCGACGAAGAGAUGGCCGCACCGUUGGACUAGGUCUUUAAGAACCUAUCCACAAUCCUUGUGUACUCUUACAACAAUGUUUGUUGACAUUUUGUUGUAUUAUUCAUGGGCAAGUAUCAUGUCUCUUGUGAUUCUAUACUCAUGGCAUGACAGGGAAAAUAUGCGUUGUUUAUUUGAAGUUUCAGAGCUUGAUAAAGAAUGUGAUAUUGUUGGGCUUCUUUGUCUUACGAACUUGAAAUUGGGUUUGCCCAGGGAUCAGUCAUGGAAAGGCACAUGUGACUUUUUAUCGAGGAAGUAUAAUUAAUGAUGCCAGUCCUGUGGUCCCAUUUGCA